CGGGGCGGGAAGCGGCCGCUCGGCGUCUGCCGCGGCUGGAUGCCGGAGUUCCCCUGCCUGCAGGCGGAGCAGGGCGGGCAGCCCUUAUCCUCGCACGGGAGCGUUUCAUGGGGCGCAGAUGCAGCGCUCUGGACGUGGUGCCCACUGAGCACCUCACGUCCUGGAAACCGCCGCCUCCAACCACCGCUCCCGGUAAACCACCAUGCCUGCCCCGUGCCAAGAUGCAAGUAUGGACAUAACAGCCUAUGAUGAUUCCUCCAGUCCCCCGCGUCAGAGACAUUGAGCGGAAGCCUGAGUACCUGCGGCCGGAGCAGUGCGUGCCGCCCGCCAGCCGCGCGGCGCCCGCAGCCAUGUGGUUCAUCCGGGACGGCUGCGGCAUCGCCUGUGCUGUCGUCACCUGGAUGCUGGUCUUCUAUGCCGACUUCGUGGUCCUCCUUGUCAUGCUAGUUCCAUCCAGAGACUAUGUCUAUAGCACCAUCAACGGCACACUCUUCAACACCUUGGCUUUCCUGGCCCUGGCUUCGCAUUGCCGGGCCAUGCUGACAGACCCAGGUGCCGUACCCAAAGGCAAUGCCACAAAGGAGUUCAUUGAGAGUUUACAGCUAAAGCCAGGACAAGUGGUUUACAAGUGCCCAAAAUGCUGUAGCAUCAAACCUGACAGAGCACAUCACUGCAGUGUUUGCAAGAGGUGCAUUCGGAAGAUGGACCAUCACUGCCCCUGGGUCAACAACUGCGUGGGAGAGAACAACCAGAAGUACUUUGUACUGUUUACAAUGUAUAUAGCACUGAUUUCCCUGCACGCUCUGAUCAUGGUGGGAUUUCACUUCUUGUACUGCUUUGAAGAGGACUGGACAAAGUGCAGUUCCUUCUCUCCACCGACCACGGUCAUCCUCCUCAUCCUCCUGUGCUUUGAGGCCCUCCUGUUUCUCAUCUUCACCUCGGUGAUGUUUGGGACUCAAGUCCACUCCAUUUGCACUGACGAAACGGGUAUUGAGCGCCUUAAGAAUCAGAAGCCAACCUGGGAGCAGACCAGCGGCUGGGAAGGAAUGAAGCUGGCCUUUGGUGGUGCCUUCUCCCCGGGCUGGUUCAGCCCCUUCUCGGGGCUGAGCUGCACAGGCUCCGCGCCGGCCGAAGCGGCGCCAGCAGCUCCUGCCUCUGCCAUCCUGACCCAGGAGGAGAUCGAGCAGCUCCUGGCUCGGGACGUGGCCGUCCAGGUGUUCCCUGAGUAAGCCCAGGGUCCUCUGCCUGUGGGAGCAGCUCCCAGGGGCUUGUUUUUAGUGACUACUUGUGCUGGAGGUGGCAGAGGCUGGUUUUUAACUCCUUUUGGUGCACUAAACAACUGGGGAGCGCUGCUCUGGCAGGCAGGAGCGAUGCAGUGCCCCAGGGGAUGCUCGGGCAGCAGUGGGAUCCAGAAGCUCCCCUCCAGACCCUCAGCAGCUGCUUUCUUGAGCUCUUCUUACUCGGCCUGUAAGGAAGCUUUACAACUGUUGGGUAGCUUGGUCCCGGCUGUGCUGUCCUGAGGAGUCUGCUCUGCCCACACAGGUGAGCUGAGCUCUGGAGUCUGCCUGUGCAGCUCACUCAAGGGUGCUGCUCCUGUGUCAGGAGAGCUGCUGGUGCUGAGGCCGUGGCAGAGGGGGGCUGUGGGGCUGUGGCCGCAGUAGGGGGGCCAGCUUGUGCAAUUCCUUUAGGAUCUGCAGUAUUCCAAAGGUAACUUUUAGCUCUCUGUGCCCAUGAGGCUGCCCAGGUACCAUGGUUGCUGGUGUGCUGGCAGGCACAUUCAGCUGGGCUCAGUGCAGCUGGCAGUGGGCAGGCAGUGGCUGGGCUGUGGUGCUGCCGGCGGCAGGGAGCUUCGCUCCGGGGCUGCACAGCCUGCAGUGGCUGCCUGGCUGAGCUCUUGGGCUGAAGCUGGUCCAGCCCAGCCGCUGGGUCAGAGAGGAGAGGGAGACAGGAGCCUGCUGCUGGUGGAGGUCCUGGCUCAUCUGAGUCAGAGGUCUCUCUUUUGCUUGAUAGCUGCAGGUAGCUGAGUGUGGACAUUGCCUCUUCCUCACUGGAGCGUGGCACUGCCCUCUCACUUCUGGCCCAGUGUCCUUGCACAGCUUUUGCUCCUGGUGAAGCUGCAGAAGGAGCAAGACCUUCGUAUAGUUCUGAGACUGGGUUCCAGCUGCUUUUAACUCCUGUCCUCUCCCUUAACUGUCAGUAAAUCUUGUAGGGUUUUGGCGAUGCGCUCCUGGGUUCCUGCCCCCGGGACAUGCUUGGCUUUAUCUGCCCCUCCUCUGGAACACAGACCAAAGACAAUGGUGAGGAAGGAGUUGUGGGGAAGCAGGCAGAGUUUUGUGAAGACCUGGGUGUAGGUUUUGGUGUUUAUAGAAGCAAAACCAAAUGGAAGUUGCGCAAGGUUUAUUUUUUAUCUCCCCUUCCCUCCCAGAGAGCAUCUCCAUGCAGAUGCAUUCAGGGUGACACUCAGGACUGCUGCUGUGGGCUGCUGGAGCUGUCCUCUGCCCCAGCAUCCUGCUUUCUGGCAAAGGGCCUGGAACAAGUGGAGUGCUGGGACUAGAACCCAGCAGCUAUCUCCAAAGCCUCCUCCCACCCCCUGCUGUCGCCUCUGUGGGUGAGAAGGUUUCCAAAGACUCACUAGGAACUGGGUUUUAAUAAAGGCCUUUUAGGGCAAAGGAAGAGGCCUGGGCAGAGCUGCAGGGAUGGUGAAGGGGCUAAAGGGAGAGUGCCCUUCCAGCUCAUCUGCUCUGAUCAUGCCUUGCUGCUCAGCCUCUGCAGCCAGGUAACGUCCUGGCUGCUGGUCCUGAAAAUCACCUGGAGGCAGGAGUGUGGGACUGAGAGUCAAGGUUUGGUGAUGCUUCAUAGGCCCCAGUCCCCUUGUAGGCUUGGAGACAGACAGCAGGUUUCCUCCUGCUGGCAAGCUGCUGCACCUUGGCAUGGGCACAGGCAGCCUUGGCUUCUGCAUCCCACCUCGGGCUGCUCCAUGAAUAGCUGAAACAGAGCAGUGGUGUGGAGAGGAGGCUGGCAGCCAGACCAGGCAGCUCCCCUCCUCCCACAGCACAGCCAGGUACCAGUGAGAGGUGGGGACAAGGCCCUGUGUCCCAUGCAGAGCUGUGGGCAGCCAGCCAGCCUUGGCUCCAGUGGCCACAAGCCUUGGCACAGCAGCAAGUGAGUUCUGCUGCUGGCUGUGGGUCUUGUUCCCCUCUUCUAUGCAGGGAUUUGUGUCCCCCAGAUGCCUUUUGCUGUCUGUAACUCCUCUUUGUGCCUCCAGCUGCUGCUGCACUUACUAAAGGACUAAUUCUUACCUGCUGAGGACCACCUGCUCCUCACCUCCCUGCAGGCACCGUGCACAGGGCCCCUGUGCCCCUGCAGAGCAGCACUCCGACUGCCUGACGUGCGGCUGCAGCUGAUCUGGCAGGGAUGUGGGACACCAGGGUGCUGUGGGCAGAGGAUCGCAGGGGCUAGGGGAGCCUGACCCUCUCUGGGGGCCCAGCAGCUGCCUGGGCACUCUCCUGGGGGUCCCUGUCCUCUGUGAAUACCAGGCAGGGAGUGGCCAAAGCCUUCGUGCAGGCUGGCAGAGCGCCAGGUGUAACCUCCCCUUCCUGUGGCCACCCUGCAGACCCUGGCCGAGGAUUUGCCUCUCAAUAAACAGCUCCUGCACUGCU